GUGUGUGGUCUCCCCAUAAUAAUCAUUUCUUGUUCGGCACAGCUCUUCCACUGGGGUGCAUCUGCGUACGUGUGCGAUAAUCGGACGAGUGUCGGUUUUGCCUCGGAUUCUCAUCUUCCGCGGCAUAUCACGUGACAUAUAAUUUCCAUUCUAGGCGUGAAUCUCAUGAUAUUGAUUCAGAAAAAUGCCCAAUUUUGAUUUUACUGUGGAAAAUGAGCUGAGAUGCGAAAUAUUUCCGAAAGAUCAUGUCUAAAAUUGACAAGAUUGCUGGGGGGCAGUUUUGAAAACAGCUGCAGUGUCAUCCAAAAUCCAUCCAAAAAAGGUUCCUCUGUACCGGGUUGUCUACCCUGCUGCCCUGUGAGAGCCUCGUGAUCGGGACUCGGAAGGGACAAAACAUGUCCAAUCAUCCACGGCAAGAUGUUGGCCGUGGAGCCAAUGAGAGCACUCGGAUGGACAGGCACAGAAGCUUACAUCUGGACGAAAGGAUGACUACGGAUUGGCUCAACGGCAUGGCCAACGGACGGACGACGGCCUGCAACGUGGAGCGGCAAUUGCGGAGCUUAGCUAAGUCGGCAUCGUACAUCCGCGUGCGCGACCUGGUCUGCCUUACUGGUGUCUGGUUGUCCGUGAAACGACUGUCGUGCUCUGCAAAGCCCAAAAUGGUACUUGUAUAUCGUGGGAACCCUCGGACGCCGAUUGGCAAGUUGCUGAAGAAGCAGACAAGGACGAUUCCGACGUUAGGCAUUGAUUGCAGCCAUCCUGUUGGGGAUACAUUACCUUCUCUAUUUCCCAUUCUUGUAUCUACUUUUUUUUCUUAUUAUAUUUACUCUACCUCAGACCCACGACCCAACAGGACGUGAGUGAGAGUGCUUGUAUAUAGCGUGUUUGAGCGUGUGAGAACCAAAA